AUGGCUGACGAAUACAAUGCCGAGGCUGCGGCCGAGAUGAAGAAGAAGAGAACCUUCCGCAAGUUCUCGUACCGUGGUGUCGACCUCGAAGCUCUCCUCGACCUUGGCUCCGAUGAGCUGCGCGAUAUCGUCCACGCGCGUGCCCGGAGAAAGAUCAACCGCGGUCUCAAGCGCCGCCCCAUGGGCCUGAUCAAGAAGCUGCGCAAGGCCAAGCAGGAGGCCAAGCCCAACGAGAAGCCCGAUCUCGUCAAGACGCACCUCCGUGACAUGAUUGUCGUCCCCGAGAUGAUCGGCAGCGUCGUCGGCAUCUACUCCGGCAAGGAGUUCAACCAGGUGGAGAUCAAGCCUGAGAUGGUUGGCCACUACCUCGCCGAAUUCUCGAUCUCAUACAAGCCCGUCAAGCACGGUCGUCCAGGUAUCGGUGCCACGCACUCUUCUCGUUUCAUUCCUCUGAAGUAA